AUGGCGCCACUCGAGGAGACUCCGUCGCCGGACAACGUCAAACAGGAACCCGACCGCGAGAGGGGCCGAGCCCGCAGUCGGUCCGACGAUAAGGAUGUUGAGGGUUUAGACCUUGACGAUGCCGAUGAUGGUGAGGGCGGAGGAGACCAAGCGCACUCGUCCAAUUCAGAGGGCCCCGCACGGAAACGCAGGAGGAGCCGCAAGGGACUGGACAAGAAGUUUGAGUGCCCAGAAAAGGGCUGUGGGAAGAGCUAUUCCAGGGCCGAGCACCUGUACCGCCACCAGCUCAACCAUAAUCCGAAGCAGGUCUAUAAGUGCGGAAUCGGCGACUGCCAGAGGACAUUUGUGCGGCUUGACCUCUGUAAUCGGCACAAAGACCGGCACACGGCCAAAGGUUCGGCCUUGAAUCGUAAAGACUCGCUGAUGAGCCAAGUGUCGCCUAUUGCGGAUAGCAGGCCGCCUUUCCCCUUAACUGGUUCCGCCUCGCCGGAAGCGAAUCGUCCAGGAACCGGCUACAGCAAAGGGCGUCCGCUGACCAUGCAGUACCAGUCUCCCAAGGAUGCCAUGGGCAGCCCAUAUACGCCUAUGACCAACACCCCACCGACCACGUACGCGAAUGGGACGCCAAACGGCGUCGACUAUAUGCAUCACGACCCUAGUUUCUCCCACGUGGCUCAACGACCAGCUCACCACUCUCCGCCAGGCCCUAGACGGCCAUCGAUCCAGACCAAUGUUGGCCCUUACGGCGUUCUAUCCCCUGUAUCUACGCAGCCUGGCUACCACAGCCAGCCAGCCAAUACGCCCCAGUCCGCCAACGGGAUGCCUUACGUCGCGCCACAGAAUUUUCCUCCGUUUAGCCUUCCGCCGUCCGACUUUACCGCGUCGUCCCCUGCCGUUGCAAGGGAAGAUCAGCAGGCGUAUGGCCCUCAGAACUCCGCCGAGUAUACCGAUCAGCAUCCGCAAGCGGCCAGUGAGAUGAUGCUCCUAGAUCAGAUGGGAAUGCAGCAAACGAUGCCUGUCUUCGGGAGCGACAGCAUUCUCAAUAAGUCACCAUACGUUGCAAUUCCCGAAGAUUUUGUGGCAUAUCUGUUUAACACUCACGGGGAUGGCUCGCCGAUGACCGGUGUGCCCAUCCAGGGUUACAACUAUGGAGAAUUCCCGAACCAAUACAAUAUGCCCUACUAUAACGAUCCGAGCCAGAUGGGUUAUUACCCUCCUUCGGCUGGGCCGCAUCAGGUCAUGUCCGUCACCAACCUUCUCGACCAGAACCUUCCAGAGUUUGUCAUCUCGGAAGAGAAGAGCGCAGAGAUAUAUGAGUUCAUCAAGGAACGGUUUCACGAAAACGGCCACGCCCCCGUCGAACGGCAGCGUGAGAGCAUCCUUGAGGGGGAUCGGAACGACGACUCGCACAUUUUGAGCCGCAAAAUGAUGCAAGCGUACAUUGGCUCUUAUUGGCUUCACUUCAGCGAUCAGGUCCCAAUCCUCCACAAGCCGACGUUUUCGCCUGAUAAGACGCCGAAUCUGCUAUUGAUCGCUGUCAUGACGAUUGGAGCAGUCUGCCUCGACAAGGCUCACGGCCAGAAGGCUGCCAAGGCCAGUGCGCAUCUCUCCAAUUUUUUGGCGUGGCAUCUCAGAUGGGAAAUGUUCCAGGACCCGAACUGUCGACCGCCGGCCAAGCUCUGGGUGUUCCAGACGUUGUUACUCCUCGAGUUGUAUGAGAAGAUGUAUUCGACCAGAGAGCUCCACGAGCGAGCGCACAUCCAUCACGCUACCACGAUUACUCUCAUGCGCCGCGGAAGAGCGUUGAUUGGAAAGUCGGCCCUCGACUCGCCCCCGAAUCCCAGGGACGACAAGGCCAACGGGUCGAGACAGUCCUCGACUCCCGGGAUGGCCAAUACGCCGGAAGAGUGGUGGACUCAUUGGAUUACUAACGAGGCGACACGGCGUGCGGCGUUUGCGGCAUUUGUCAUUGAUUCUAUUCACGCGACUAUGUUUGGACACUCGACGGUGAUGGUGGCCCACGAAAUGCGCUUGCCAUUGCCGUGCGACGACAAGUUGUGGAAAGCCACAAGCGGCGCAGAGGUGGGAAGGAUUGAAGCGAACCUUAUGUCGAUGGGCAACAAGCCUAUCUCGUUUCUCGAGGGGCUCAAGAAAACGCUAAGCAACCAGGAAGUGCAAACAAACUCGUUCGGGCGCACUAUCCUCAUGGCAGGCCUGCUCAGUGUCAGCUGGCAUAUGAAUCAACGAGAUCUGCAGGUCAAUUCCCUAGGCGGCGGGGUCGGCCAGGCCCUCGGAGGACGGGACAAAUGGCGGGGGACGCUGACACGGGCAUUCGACGCGUGGAAGAGCGACUUUGACAAGACGCUUCUCAGACGGGGUGAAAUCUCGGCUGAUCCGUAUGCCUAUGAUCUCUCAAACCGCAACGAGGCCAACGUGAUGUUUGAGAGUCGGAUCGUGCUCCAUCAUCUGGCGCACAUGGCAAUGCACGUGGACAUAGUGGACUGUCAGAUCUUUGCAAGGGCAAAGAGGCUGCUGGGCCGGGCAAUUGGAGCGCAGGACCUAAACAGCGCGCAGCGGCGGAUGAAGGACGUAUGGGCGCCGUCAGCGAAGGCGCGCGAUGCGACUUACUACGCACUCAAGUUCCUGCAUUCGGUCAUGAUGUCGGACAGCGUGGGAACUCCAAACUCUAAUGGCUACGGCCGCCACGAGGAAUUGUACUCGGCCCGAGACGACGUGCUACUUAACCGCCCUUGGGUCCUGUACUUUGCCGCGCUGGUAGUCUGGUGUUACGGAUACGCUCUGGAAGGCCCAAGCCCGGGCGUACCGCCGCCGGCGACGCACCAAGACAAGGUGCGGCAGAUGCGAGAUUAUCUCAUCAAAUACGGCAAUGUGUCGUCGCCCGAAGAACUCAAGUCGAUGAAGGGCAUCAACCACAACACACCACUGUUGAUGGUGCUGAAGGAGACGUUUGAGAUGACACGGUGGGAGUUGCUUCAAGAAGGGGCCACGCUCCUGAAUAACUGCAUCGUGCUCAAUUCAGGGCAGAACGUCAUCUGA